UUUUGGGAAAGAGGAAUUGGGAGUGGUAAUGUACGUGAUCCCGGAAGUACCCCCAAGCACGCAGAGCAGGAGCAGCGCGUGAGUGUAACGGAGAACUGAGUCAGCGGAGAAAGGUGACUGACUGGCUAUAGUAGAAAGCUAGCUAACCAAAGCUUCAUCAUAUCAUGGCAGCAACUAUCAAUCAAGCAAGGUUGGCACUUUCAAAAAUGUGUGUGUGUGUGUGUGUGGUGUGUGUGUGUGUGUGUGUAGUUUAACAGUGAGCGGUACAGCCACUUCACUCUGCAGUCGGACGAAGAGGGAGACGAAGGGAGCCAGGUGGAGGUGGAGGUGAGACUGUCUGAUGAUGUAGAUGACCACGCCCCCUCUGAGCAGAUGGGCCAACCAAGAGGCUCGCCCUCAUACAGGCCCCGCCCACAGCAAAACAACCGCAAAGUGUGUUAUCUGGCUCUUGGAACCCUCUUCAUCUUCAUCAUCGGUUAUCUGAUUGGCUAUGUGAGCCACCACUCUCCCCGCAAGGAGCCAAUCACUUGUGAUUCUGAACAGGAAGUGGGCGUAGCUGAGGAGGCUGUAGUAGAAUCCUCUCUAUCCUGGAAUGACAUCACCAGCUUGCUGGCACAAAGACUGACUCCUGACGCCUUCAACAGCAGACUAAGUGAUGUUGAACAGCCAGAUCACGUGGCAGGGAGCAGUGCAGAUGGCAUUCUGGAAUAUCAUGUGUUUGACAGCUUUAAGAGUCUGGAGAUGGAGCCCUGGACUGACAUACACUAUGUCCAACUACAGACAGCCAACAGUCAGAAGCCAAACCGUGUUUUGAUUGGCCAAGAGGAGGUGGGCCAGCCUAAGGGCUAUCUGGCCUAUAGUGCCACAGGAAAAGCUCAGGGCAAGGCGGUGUAUGGUAACUAUGGGAGUCAAGAGGACUUGAUGCUGCUACAGACUCUGAAGGUUGAGCUGAAUGGCACUGUGAUUCUACUGAGAGCUACAGGACAGAUCAGCCUGGCACAGCAGGUGGCUAAUGUAGCAGCAUUGGGAGUAUCUGCUGUGUUGAUUUACCUCGACCCUAAAGACUACAAGUUCCAACCAACUACUGAACUGUACGGACAUGUCCAUCUAGGUUCAGGGGACCCCUUCACGCCAGGCUUCCCCUCCUUCAACCACACCCAGUUCCCUCCCACCCAGUCUUCUGGUCUGCCUACUGUACUGGCCCAAAGUAUUACUGCUGCUAGUGCUGCCAAGAUACUAACGCGUAUAGGUGGGCUUGAGUCCCCUCUCAGUUUUAAAGGCUCACUGGACAAUGUGAAGUACACCCUGGGUGGGGCUAGUAGUGAAGAUGUUACUGUGGAGGUGAACAACGUGCUGCAGGACACAGAGAUCCACAACGUCUUUGGAGUCAUCAAGGGCUUCGCUGAGCCAGAUCGGUACGUGUUACUGGGGGCUCAGAGGGAUGCGUGGGGUCCAGGCUACGCUAAAGCCACUGUCGGGACCACACUGCUACUGGAGCUGGCUAGAGCUGUGUCUGAGAUGGUGCACAAAGAUGGUUUCCGUCCCAGGAGGAGUCUGGUGUUUGCCAGUUGGAGUGCAGGAGAAUACGGCGGUGUUGGAUCUACAGAGUGGCUGGAGGGUUUCUUCUCCUCUCUGGACAGAAGAGCUUUCACCUACAUCAGUCUGGACGGAGUGGUCACUGGCCAUGGUGAAUUCAAAGUGUCUGCCAGUCCCCUACUCUACAGCCUUCUGGAAAGCACCAUGAAGGAGGUGAAGAAUCCCAUUGGUUUUGGAGAGUCUGGGAAGUCUCUGUAUGAUAAGGUGUCUGGAGUCAACUUUGAGAAGGCAGUGUUUGAGCCCAUGAAGAUGGAAGACUCUGCAUAUCCCUUCUUGGCCUCCUCUGGAAUCCCCUCUCUCUCCUUCCGCUUCGCCUCUCAGGGGUCUGAGGCCUACCCGUACUACGGCACCUCGCUUGACAACAAGGAUCACCUUGGUUACGCCACCGCCCAUCGUCUUAGUUUCCUAGCCACUGGGGCGGGAUUGGUCGCAGGUCAGCUGGCGUUACGGUUGGUCCACGACCACGUGCUGAGUCUAGAUGUGCAACGCUACAGGACGGUUCUCAGCCAAUCUGUGGUCAAGAUCAACCAGCGCCUCAAACAAGUCACCCGGGAUGGUUCUGCUGAGAGUCUGUCAGCCCGUUGGCUCAUCAUGGCCUUAGGAUCCUACAGUAGAGCUGCUACUGACCUCAACACUGACCUACUCAACACCGACCUCACUGACACACUGGCUUGCCACAACAUCAACGACCGCAUCAUGAGAGUGGAACACAACCUCCUUUCUCCAUAUGUCUCCCCCAAAGAGGUUCCAUUCCGCCACCUACUGUUUGGCCGUGGUUCCCACACCCUGGCAGCCCUGUUGGAGGGUGAGGACAGAGAGGUGCUGCGGACCCAGCUGGCCCUGGCCACCUGGACGCUACAGGGCUGUGCCAAUGCUCUCUCUGGAGACAUCUGGGACAGCGACAACCAGAUGUAACAGUGUGCGUCUGUCCGUCCGUCCGUCCUGGUUCACUGUAAAAUCCAGGAUGAGAUGAAGACGGAUUGGUCGGGGGUGACGAUGUAAUAAGAGACCAGGAACUACUGUCAUUCCUUCCAGUUUCAGUUACUGGACUUCCUGAAGAAUGUUGAGAUUGAUCGACCUCUAACCCCUCGACACAGAGGAGCCUAUUUAUACGUUAUAUAUCUAUCAGUCCACUAUAAAUGUUCUCUGUUUUAAUGAUGAUAAAGUUCUUGUUUAUUUUUAUAACAUUUUUGGAGGCAGUGCCUUCAGACUUAUGGCAGUUUCAUGUUGUUAGUUUAGGUUAAGAGUUGAUUUAUUUUUCAGUGCCAGUGCUCACUAUACAUGUUUAAAUGUCAUUCAUUUUGUUUUUGAUAAAGUUAUCAGGAGCUGUGCCUUCCAGACUUGACGGCUAUGUGUUUGUUCAUUUGGUUUUUGAUAACUUUAUAAAAUUAACUGAUAACUUUAUCGGGAGCAAUGUCUUCCAUACUUAUGGCAGUUCUACUGUCUCUUACUACGGCAGCAUCUGCUGAAGCAACAGAGUCACGUAUACAGACUGUGACCAUCCAAGGUCCCAUGACAUGUGGUUUAAAUAUUGCCUUUCAGUUUGCCUUGCAGUUGAAGUGAGAACAGAAUCUAAUGGGGGAAGAGAAUUGAGACCGACACAAUCGUUUUGACCCGGAUGAAAGACUGUCCAGCUACAGAUGGUCAGACUUCCGCUGUAUACAUGACUCUGUUAACAGAAAUACAUCAACGACUGCUCCCACACAUUACUAUGGAAACAGAAACCCCAGCAUCUGGGUAUCACCACAGAAACAUGGUAACCGACGGCAGCGGAUGUCAUGACUUCGUCACAUUUUGAUUUGAUGAAAUGCAUGCACUUAAAUUCGGAGUCCAUGGUGAAUUUACAAAUUCUAAGCAUGUUUUAGACAUGUCGGGGAGGUAGCUGUUUGGGCCACGUCUGUAAUUACAAUUUUAUAUACAGCCUGAAAUGGCUCUAGUCAGAAGAAGUUAACUAUAUAGGUAAUAUGGUGUAAUUUCUGAUGCAGCACGGGCUCACCAAAACAAACAUGCUAAAUCUCGCCACUCUGAGCUGAGCUUAUAAAAAUAAUAUUAUUCAGGCAGCGAAAGAGUUCUUUCUGUUAACCAGAGUUAUUUUGGAGCAGUUUAUAUUUCUGAUUUUAACUAUUAUCGGCAGCAGUGUCUUCCAUAAUGAUAAGUGUUGGUUUUUGCCUACCAGUGUGUGUGGUUAUCUAUCGGGGACAGUGACUCCCAUAUUUCACUGAAGGGUGAAGUAAUUUAUCGGGUACAGUGUUUCCCAGAGUUAUAUAUCUGUGUGUAUCGGGGGCAGUGACUCAUAUUUCACUGAAGGGUGAAGUCAUUUAUCAGGAAACAGUGUUUCUCAGUAAUCAUUUUUCUCUCUCUUUGUGUUGGGUUAGUAUAUCUGAUCUGUGUGACCUAACACUCUUCUAUUGUUCCUCUCUGAAUUAGUUGUAAUGGAUACGUCCUAUGGCAUGUUACUGUGUUUUCCCUUACAAAUGCACUCCCUACAACAAACGUUCCCAUUCAGGUCAAUAGGAUUAUCUUCCUAAAUAUUUUCCCAUGCAUAUAUUAUCAGACACUGAAACUCCUGUUGUAGCCGUCCGCUAAAUAGGGAUUGUUCUGUUUUGAUUAUUGAUCGUACUCCGUCAAUCAGCUAACUAGUGGAACUGUUCUGACAUUUCUGUUACAGACUUGUCAGUGCUAGUCUGAACUCAUACAUGUUCCCCUGACUUUUCUACCACUCACUUGGUGUGUUACCAUGCUGUAGAGGACCGUGUAUGGGUGUUGAGCCGUUUCUGUACCGUUGAGGAUGAGUUCUGUUUUUCUGCUGUGCUUCAAUAAACCCUUUGGUUUAACGCACCAAUACAUAAACUGUG